GUCCCAGUUAAGUUAUAAAAGGAAAGCCUGAUCCUCUUCACUUCAUAUCUUCAUUUCGUAUCUGCUUAUCGAGAGAGGCACCAGCAAUGGCUUCUUUGAUCCACAAGCACUUCCUUCCUCUUUGCAAAUCCAAGUCCAACUUUUACCCAGACGCCCCUUUCCUCAAUCGUCCUGCACUUGCUUUUUCGCUUGGUCUCAAGAAACCCUCCUUCUCCUCCUUCCCAUGUAGCCCAAUCGUGUGUAAGGCUGUUUCUGUGAAACCACAAGAGACUCAAGUCGAAGGUCUUAACAUCGCAGACGAUGUUACUCAGCUUAUUGGAAAGACUCCAAUGGUGUACUUGAAUGACAUUGCAAAGGGAUCAGUUGCUAAUAUUGCUGCCAAGCUUGAAAUUAUGGAGCCAUGCUGUAGUGUGAAAGACAGGAUAGGAAACAGUAUGAUAACAGAUGCUGAAGAAAAAGGACUUAUAACACCAGGGAAGAGUAUAUUGGUUGAGCCUACAAGUGGGAACACAGGCAUUGGGCUUGCAUUUAUAGCUGCUUCAAAAGGGUAUAAGCUGAUCUUGACAAUGCCUGCAUCAAUGAGUCUGGAGAGAAGGGUUCUUCUAAAAGCAUUUGGAGCGGAUCUUGUUCUCACAGACUCCUCAAAGGGCAUGAAAGGAGCAGUUCAGAAAGCUGAAGAAAUAGUCAACAGCACACCCAAUUCUUACAUGCUUCAACAAUUUGAUAAUCCUGCUAAUCCAAAGGUACACUUUGAGACAACUGGCCCAGAAAUCUGGGAAGACACCAAAGGGAAAGUGGAUAUAUUUGUUGCAGGGAUUGGAACUGGUGGAACUAUAUCUGGGGUUGGCCGCUUUCUCAAAAAUCAAAAUCCUGAUGUUAAGGUGAUUGGCGUGGAGCCUACAGAGAGUAACAUAUUGUCUGGUGGAAAACCUGGCCCUCACAAAAUUCAAGGGAUUGGGGCAGGUUUUGUACCAAGGAACUUGCAUCAAGAUGUGCUUGACGAAGUAAUAGAGAUUUCCAGUGAUGAAGCUGUUGAGACUGCAAAGCAAUUGGCACUCCAAGAGGGCUUGUUGGUGGGCAUAUCUUCUGGAGCAGCAGCAGCUGCUGCCAUCAAGGUUGGAAAGAGACCUGAGAAUGCAGGAAAACUUAUUGCAGUUGUGUUUCCUAGCUUUGGGGAGCGAUACCUAUCCACAGUUCUUUUCCAGUCAAUCCGGGAAGAGUGCGAGUCAAUGCAAGCAGAGCCAUGAAACCAAGUGUGUGAGUGUAGUGUGUCUUUGGUUUUUGAUCAUUUAGAAGUCUCGCCCAAAGGACAUGGUAGAGAUCCAGCAAACAGGGGCUCAUCAUUUAUUACAUGUUUAUUUAUUUCUUGGAGUUAGGAAGUAGGAUUUGCAAUAAAGCAUAGUCCUUAAUAUGGCUGGCUAUGCACCAAAUCAUUGUGUUUUCUUUAAUCUAUGUUUUAAGCACAAGAUAAUGAGAUUUCGCAUUCAUAACAAUUACAUGAAUCGUCGGUUCUGCCAUUUUGAAACUUGUAUGUUUGGUAAAAUGAUAAUUUUACCCUUACUCAUAAUUUUUACCCUUUUUCAUAGUUCAAUGACAAAAUUACAUAAACGGUCCUUAUGGUUUUUUAUGAAUGUAAUCAUGUGGUUUUUAAAUCUUGCAUGGUUGAUUCCUAUGGUUUCAUUGUAUGUUUGGUAAAAUGAUAAUUUUAUCCUUAGUGAUCAUUUUCAUUUUUUUUUCUUUUAUAUAAUUUUAUUUGAAAAAAAACAACAAAUUGACACCUACCCUCAAUCCCAUCUCCAACCCUACUAUCUAACAAUCCCUUAACCUACCACCUACAUGCUAUCGUACACUAUCCAUUUCUUCCACCAACGACCUCUUCAUAUUCGUUGCAUCUUAAAACCAUUCUUCAUCCAUGAAGAUCUCAUGGAAAUCGAUCUUGAGUUCAGAUCGAGCUGGUGGACGUGACCCACCAAUCUCCCUAUCAAAUUCCCUCAAUCGUAGUCCGAGAACCAUUUUUAGUUAUGUUUCCUGCCACCUGAAAGAAAAGAGGCAGACGAUUUUUAUAGAAUUGAGGGGACAAAAGAUGAAGCAAAAGUGAGAAUUUGUAUACCACCAAAGAAUGUUUUGUUGUUGAUGAGAUGUAGAUAUGAUCCUUUAAAGAUUGAAGCUCUUGUCGUCCACACUGAAUAUUGAAUAGAUGAUGAUUACAGACGAGGAAGCUUUGAAAUUUGGGGAAUCGACAAACCAAAAAAGGUAAAUCACAAUCGUCAUUGGACAAGCACAAGAGGUUCAAAGGUUUCAUUUUGUUGCGAGU